AUGGCUAUCUUCCAGGCUGUGCGAGGCGUGCACAUAUCAUCCGUGAACAGUCAUCAUUUGGUUCUGUGGAAUGCUCUCGCCGCUUGCUUACAGCGACUCGUCCCUUCGAUCAUGAUCAAGGUCUCCGGCAAAGAUCACCUCGUACUGCUGAGGGAGGAAAGGUGGGAGGCGUUGAGGUAUAUGGCGGCGAAGGGCAAUCUAGAGAAGGAAGCUUGGUGCUCCCGGAGGCUCCUCUCUAAACAUCUGGGUUCAGCGCAAAAGCCCAUGGAGGCCCUCAUAAACAAGGGCAGACGAGUCACCAAGCCAGGUGAAAUAGCCACUGUGACACGGGAGUUCUACGCCAACAUGUUUGAGAAUGGACUCACGGCAGCUGUGGCGGCCCCCAAGGAACGCCUUCAGUGGCCCGAAGAGAUGGAAAUCGCUGGGGGCGAGGUCUGGACUGUUCCCCUGGCGUUGUUCAUUCACCUGGUUGUGGCAGGCAGACGGGCGGGAUCUGGCACAAGCAAUGAGCCCUCUGUCGCUUGGCCAGCAACGGCAAAAGCGGACCCUCAUCAUGAAGGAAGUGGAACGGAUACCGCUCGUCAACUGUACGCUAAGACGCCAGGCGACGAGAAUGCAUCAGGAAGUCGUCAGAGGGAUAGCUUGCUGAAAACCGGAUGGCAGCCCCCGAAGAUUCGCCGCUACGGUAAUGGACGGUCACCCACUCAAUCGAGCCCAUCACGCGCCAGUGCACUCGUCUAUGAAGUGAGGCCAGUGAGCUCCAGCAGGUCAGCGCGGCUUCCGAAAAGCUGGGAUCGACAAUACGCUGAACCUGCUCACGCCCCAUCUGCGGACGACAGCUAUGUUUUCCAUAUCACCAGUGUCAACGAGGGCAGUCCUGGAUCAGGUGCUGGUUUGGAACCUAGCUCGGCGAGUUUCAGGAGAGCCAGGAGCGGCUGGCAGAAUGCGGAGUUCGACACCGAUCCUAGCGAUAGACAAGUUUACGUUGUAAAGUCAGCUCCCGUUCAUGCUGCAUCAGAUGGGUGGGCUGCUGAGCCCGUUACGCAGUAUCAAAGUUCCGCUCCUCAAGUCAUGAAACACGCGUACUUAGUUAAAACAGCAGUGUUGGAUACUGAUGUUCCCGCUCCAACUUAUAGUGCACCGGCGUUUGACUCCCGAAGCUAUCAUGCUAGCUUCGCACCUACUCACACGGGUUCUAGACAGACGUACGUUGUUAAAAGCAUCGACCCGAGCGCGGCCUUGAGUGGUUAUAAGAGUGCCAUACGCAAUGCUGUAAGUGGAGCUUUAAGGUUCGCAGGUACCAGUACAGCGCCUCUUGUAAGUUCCAAGAAGGUGUAUGUCGUUAGGUCUUCCGCCCCCAGUAUGUUCUCUUCAAGUGGAUGGCCGAGUUACGGCUUUGAUUCAGAGCCUUUAACCAGUGGCGGCUGGUAAUGAAUAUCCUUCAUUGCGUUGUUCCGCCAACAGCAGAAGUAGCUUGCGUUUGUAAUGAAUGUGUUCGGGAUUGGAAAGUGCGCAUGUAAUAUAAUUAAUGGUAUUCGGAAAGUUCUCGCUUGAGAAUGUGUUUGUUUUGUUGGAUGUCGCUCGUUCAUUGUGUAACAGCACACAGAUCAUUUUUGCUGCUUUUCAUUUUUAUAUGAUUCCUAUUGCUUGGGUGAUGCAGCCUGCUGGGCAGUUGAACUGGUGCUAACGCUCGAUACUCAAACUUCGCAAAGUCUGCUGGCACCGCAUUUCAUAUCUAACAAACUCAAUCAAUCAGUUUGCAUUGAUUUGAGUUAUCUUGUGAAACAUUGCGCUCUUCGGUGACGCGAAACGGCACGGGAUGCUGGUGUAACGCUGUAAAAACAGUCAUUCACUUCGUAAA